AUGGCUCCAUCAGCCGACGUCCAGUCAGGAGGUGCCGCCGACAAGCCAUGCCACAACUGUCGCCGCCGCCGCCUGCGCUGUGAUCGCUCGGUCCCACAAUGCUCCAAGUGCGCCGCCCGCGGCAUCGAAUGUCUGGGCUACGGCCAGCUGUUCCUGUGGACCGGGGCCGUCGCCUCGCGGGGCAAGCUGGCCGGCCAGAAGUCGAGUGCCGCGCUCUAUCCGACCCCGGGCCCGCCGCCGAGACGGAGGAGCCGGCAGGCCUCUGGCUCCGUCGCGACUCCAUCCGAGGCCGGGUCCGAGGCCAUCGCCGACGUCGACGCCGACGUCGUAUCCAGCCACGGCGAUGACGCCUUCGUAGUCAACGGCGACACACAGCUCGUCUGUCCCACCUCCCCAAACCCCCUGGAGUACGAGUACGAGAACGAGGCCUCGACUCCCUGGGCCCUCAUCGACCCCAUAUUCCAAGACAUGAAGUACUCCCAAAGGCAAUAUCUCGGUUAUUUCUCAUCGCGGCUCUGUCGAGACUUUGUCGCCUAUGAUAUCCCCGGCCACAACCCCUUCCGAAACCUCCUCCCACUGACUCAGGCCCACCCGCUGCUGCGUCAGGUCAUCAUCGCCGCCUCGGCCGCUCACAUGUACAACCGUGCAAGGCCCUGGCUCGGUCCCGACUCCCUUGACAGGGGCCACGGGCCAAAACAAAUGCUCGUUGAUGCCCUCGUCGCCAAGCAGCAAGUGCUGCAGAUGAUGCCGUCUGCCCUGCAGAGCAUCGAUUCCAUUGAUGGGGAUGUUCUCCUCGCCUCUGUGUUGUUCCUUAUCAAUGUUGAACUGAUCGAAUCUGGCAAGCAAAACUGGAAAGCUCAUCUGGAUGGCGCUGGUAGGAUCAUGUCACUGCUCCCUGCUUCCAGCGUGGACGCGAGUUUGAGAAAUUAUAUCGUAUCUGACUGUUUUGUAUAUUAUAUACUGGAAUCCACCUUUCGACCCUCGGCCACGGAUUCCAGAUCAUUCUUUGACUCCUGUCAGGGGAUGGAGAUUUUAGAGAAGACGGCGAAUAGCUACUAUUGCUGCCCGCCCGAACUCUUGGAGAUUAUGCUCACCGCUGCCAAGCUCUCCAACAAGAUAUCGGCGGAAGCUGUCUCGCCCGGCAUGGUGACCACGGCUGGUGUAACCCUGUUUAAUCGCGCUCAAAAUGUCGACGUGAUAACUUGGGCACGGGAGGUUUCGUCCCUCCCUUCAAUAUACAAAGACCCCGUAUUGAGCCGUUUUCGCGUGGCAUCAGGCCACCGACUUGGUACAUGUCUUUACAUCCUACAUGCGAUUCCAUCUUUGGAUUCGGUGUACAGCGACGAGAUGGUCGACAUGCUACUGGAAGAAUUACAGCAGACGCUGAUCUCUAUUCCCGAUGAUGAUGCCAACUACAAAGCAACGGCGUGGAUCACCUUUGUCUUUGGCGCGAGCGUCAAGACCACUGAGAUGAAAGAGUGGGUCAUUGACAGGAUAAAACGAUUAAUGUUGGAAUCUCCCUGGGGAUUUUUGUACGCCGCAAGAGACGCCCUGCACAAGUUGUGGGCGUUGCAGGCCGAAGGAAGAGGGAACAGGAGUUGGGUACAAUCACUCAGAGACUUGGACAUGGACUUCUUGGUGGUUUGA